AUGAAGGAAAUGAAUCACUCAUCUACCACGUUAGAAGGAACUUCUUUGAACGAGCCCCCUACGAAGGUUGCACGUAAGGAAAAUGGAAUUAAAAUGCGCGAUGAGCAUUUUAAGGAAAACUCCAACAGAGUUACACUCUUUAUUCGUUGUGCACAAAUUCAUGGCCGUGGCGAAUUGAUGAACGGGUUUUUGGUUGAACACCGAGAAGCUCUAGGUAUCCAGCCAUGGUAUAUUGCAAGGGACAAUGGUUCUGAAACCGAAUCCGCUAUGGUACUUUGUCCUGAUGCUCCUGUUGAAUGUGUCUUUGUGAAAACAUCACGAAAACCGUAUUUUCUUUUGGAGUGUACGGAGAGCGAAGGGACUGCGAAGGCGUUUGUGGAGAAACUGAUAGAUUUAAACAAUACGACGUACAAGGAUAAUCCAGUGAUUGUGGAAGUAGCGAAGGAGGGUCUUACGGUGUCUGGGGAGCGAAAAAAGCUGGAACUGCGUGACGCCGUCAAAAGAAAGUCGUCUGCAUCUGGAAAAACUCCUGCAACAACUUUUACCUCACGACCACCCACUGCGAGUUCGUUUAUUCCGCGUGUUUUACGACCAAAAUGA